CUCUUCGCCGGGCUUGCCCAUUUCCCCGCGCGGCGCAGAACUCCACCAACCAAACAGCCCCCGUCUCCACGGAGGAGACAAAGCUCAAAAAAACGCUCCUUCUCUCUCCCAACGCCGUAAAUUACCCCCCCUGGGAGUUACCGGCCCCAACGCCUUAAAAGUCCGGGCAACGAAACCGCACGAGCGCAGCAGCAGAGCACUCUGCUUCCAGCCAUGACGUCCUGCGCAGGCACCACGGCGGGGGCAUCAUGCCGAGAUAACAACACGCAGUCCCAUGGCUGCUGCGUCCUCAUCGCCCCCUUGCUCGCCAAGGCGGGCGACGUCGUCAUCCCGGUGGCCGCGGACGACGCGUCACCGGCGCCGCCGGUGCUCACGUGCAAGCCGGCGGGAAAGCUCGCCAAGGCGGUGAAGGAAGCCUGGUCCGUUUCGUUGGGCAUCGCGCUCCCGAUGAUGCCGCCCGUGUCGGCCACGGCGGCCCGGGACGAGGCACGGUCCAUCCUCGGCCUCGCAUUCCCGAUGAUCCUGACGGGGCUUCUCCUCUACCUCCGGUCGAUGAUUUCGAUGCUCUUCCUCGGCCGUCUCGGCGGGCUGGCCCUGGCCGGCGGCUCCCUCGCCAUCGGCUUCGCGAACAUCACGGGAUACUCUGUCCUCUCCGGCCUCGCCAUGGGCAUGGAGCCGAUAUGCGGGCAGGCAUUCGGCGCGGGCAAUUACGCGCUCAUCGGUGUCACCGUGCAGCGGACGGUGCUCCUCCUCAUCGCCGCGGCCGUCCCAAUCGGCGGCCUGUGGAUGCACAUGCGGCCCCUUCUUCUUCUAUGCGGCCAGGACGCCGCCAUCGCGGCCGUCGCCGAGACCUACAUUCUGGCCUCGCUCCCUGACCUCCUCCUCCAGGCAUUCCUCCACCCGGUGCGGAUUUACCUCCGGAUGCAGUCGAUAAACCUGCCGCUCACGGUGUGCGCCACGCUCGCCAUUGCCAUCCACCUGCCCAUCAACUACGCGCUCGUGACCGUCCUCGGCCUCGGCAUCAGGGGGGUGGCAAUGGCGUCCGUGCUGGCCAACCUGAACCUGCUGCUCCUGCUCCUCGCCUACAUCUUCUUCAAAGGCGUCCACAAGCGGACCGGCAGCUUCUUCAUGCUCUCCAUGGAGAGCUUCCGUGGCUGGGGCGAGCUCAUCACCCUGGCGCUGCCGAGCUGCGUGAGCGUGUGCCUCGAGUGGUGGUGGUACGAGAUCAUGAUCCUGCUCUGCGGCCUGCUCCUGAACCCGCAGGCCACGGUGGCGUCCAUGGGCAUCCUAAUCCAGACCACCUCGCUCAUCUACAUCUUCCCUUCGUCGCUCAGCUUCGGCGUGUCCACCCGCGUCAGCAACGAGCUGGGCGCGGGCAGGACGCAGGAGGCGAGCCGCGCAGCCACGGCGGGGAUCAUGCUCGGCCUGGCAUUCGGCGCCUUCGCGUCCGCGUUCGCGUUCCUCGUGAGGAACGUGUGGGCGAGCAUGUUCACGGCGGACCCGGCGAUCAUCGCGCUCACGGCGUCCGUGCUGCCGAUCCUGGGCCUCUGCGAGCUCGGCAACUGCCCGCAGACGACCGGGUGCGGUGUGCUGCGCGGCAGCGCGCGGCCCAAGGACGCGGCCAGCAUCAACCUCCGGUCCUUCUACCUGGUCGGGACGCCCGUGGCGCUGGUGCUGGCCUUCUGGUUCCACUUCGACUUCAAGGGCCUCUGGUUCGGCCUCCUCGCGGCGCAGGCCACCUGCAUGGUCCGGAUGCUUCUGGUCAUUGGCCGGACCGACUGGGCCGCCGAGGCCAAGCGGUCGAAGCAGCUCACCGGAGCCGGAGCUGGAGCCGGCGACGUCAGCAGCGCCAAGGAGGGCAACGACAAAGUUGGCGCAGCCGGCGGAGACGAGAAGUCGCGCUUACUUAUCGACGCAGACAUCGAGCAAUCGAAUGAUCAGCCUGAUCGGUGUUGAUAGCUACAGCGUCUGAGCCCGCAUGUGUAUUGUAAUCUGCUCCCUCGCUCCCUCUCUCUUUCUCUCCACAUUUUUAUGUCCUCCCCUCUUCCCAAAUAUUUUGGCGAGGGGGAGGAACUAGAGGCUGCUGACAGGGGUGACGAUUUUGUCUCCCAAAUUGCUAAUUUAGCCGUGUAAAGAUUUUGCUGAUUAUUAGUGUUACCGAGAUGGAAAAUGCCCUAGCACUGGUAGUAGUAGUACGGAGUACGUAUCUAACAUGAGGGAAAUUUUCAGA